UCAGCAGUGACCUCCAGGCGACAAUUGCAGUUCCUUGCGCCUGGACGGAACGAGAACUGCCGACCCCUCGGGCGAGAGGCCCAAUCGGCGACAAAGCAUUCACACAGGCUGGGCAACGGAGUAAUGGCGACGGGGCAUAGUUCGCUGAAUGUGGAGGCGCUUCAAAUGUUCCCGGUUGUGGUGACAUAUUGGGUCUUCCAUUGUGAUGGGCACGAUUAUGGAGGAAAGAGGCAUAGCAGACUCUACUGCGAACUCCUUGACGAGGCGCAUGUGGGUUCUCUUGACGCGAAUUCCUUCCAACUUCUGAAGCGCCUGAAACUGGACUUUUGUAGCAUAGUACCCAAACAUCUGUCUCGUUAACAUGAGCCGUAUUUCGAUAGCAUUACGGACGCUGCUCUCUAUCUCAGUGGUUACAGUAUCAAUUCUGUCCUGGUGUUUCCUUGUGCAGAAUUCGGGGACGCUUAAACCCCUUCGCAGCAUAACACAGACGGCUUCUGAGAUCGCUCCAAGGGAAAACGCCAGUAUAGCUUUUCCCCUUAAUAACGACGCUGGGAUAGAGACACGCAAUUACACUAUACCUGGAUGUCCGUGUGAAAGGACCGGCUUCGCCUUGGACAGCCUCCUCUCAAGACGCAGCGAAGCGCGAGCGAGACCCGAGGACUUCCCUGAGUGGUUCCUGAAGAAGUUCUCCUUCGAAGGGCAGUCCACCUGUUCGGAUUACGCGACACAGCGGGGCGGCGGCCAACGGGUGGUGUCCUACGUGUAUUACGCCAAGGCAGGCAGAUCGGUCAGAGGGUCAAUCGGUUACAAAAAAUACCUCAGCCAGCUGUACAGCACGGUCGACGUAAUCGGGAGAGUGUAUCCUGGAUGGGUUGUGCGGAUUCAUCACAACGUCACCACAGAAGAUGAAGUCGGUAUGGCAGAGCUUUGCCGUAUCUAUUGCGAUCAUGACUAUGUCGACCUUUGCCAUGCGCAUGAUCUACCGGGACUUGACAGACAGACAGACAAACUGGAAAUGAAAUUAUCCCUCCGCCGACAGAGAGACAGACAGACAAACAAACUGGAAAUGAUACUAUCCCUCCCCCAACCAGGCAACAUGAACGAACGGAGACUCACUGGCAUGAUGUGGAGGUUCGCUGUCAUGGGAGACCCGACGGUCCAGACUUUCUUAAGCAGGGAUACAGACAGCUGGGUCCUGGAUCGAGAGGUCGCGGCCGUAAAGGAGUGGCUGGCGUCGAACCGAACUUUCCACGUUGUUCACGACCACCCACGCCAUGGGCCGGUGAUUCUGGGAGGUUUCUGGGGAGCUCACAACAAGGACCUGAGAACCAUGCAGGACUUACGUGACAAGAUGUACAGCAAGGCAAAGACAGAACAGUACGGCCAAGACCAGAAAUUACUCAAAAACAUCUUAUGGCCAUAUGCAAGUACCAGCGUGCUAAACCACGCCAGCUUCACAUGCCAAAGGAUGCUUAAAGAGCAUGGCCCGGCCGUGCCCUUUCCGACGCAGCGCGAGGGGGGCAGGUACUGCGGCUGGGGCACGUACAAGGUCGCCGAGGCCAGACUGGUGGCCAAGACGGUGUGCCCCGAAGAGUGCCGGCCGAAGGACCACAAAGACUGGACGAGGUGUUAGCAUGUUAUAAUGAAAAGGACACAGGCAUUUCGAGCGGACGAGCACAGUCGAUAACCUUAUGCGAAGAUUUCGUGUGAUGAGCUUCCAAUAAAACGAAACACUGACAUGAUAGAAACGUCCUCGUCAGACGUUUCGAACAACUCCUUAUCAAGACGUAGUCAAAAUCACAAUGGACAGUAACAGACCUGUUUUGACGAGGAACUGUCGACGGGUUGGAAACGUUUAAUUUCCAUUCCGUUUUUAUCCGUAAACGUUUCUCUGUUUGUGCUUGUGUUCGUGAGCUUCCAAGUGUUAGUCGAUAAGAAAUGGAAAUGAGUCGAGAGGGUAAUACGACUCCCUGGAAUGUAGUAAUGCCAAAAUAAAUCCCGAAAGUAAGACACUUUAAACCUC